AUGCCAACGAUUCGGCAAUGUGCCUCACAUCCCUGCCGAGCCUCUCUCACCGAUCAUAAGCCCAUGGCCUUUCGCCCAGUGGGGACUAGACUUGAUCGGUCCGAUGUCGUAAGGCAAGGGACAGAGGCUGAAGCUUUAGCAACAAUAACGGCAGCCAGAAUGGAAGAUUUCAUUUCGACAAACAUUUGCUGCCGAUUCGGUAUCCCCUAUGCCAUCAUCACCGAUAAAGACAGGCAAUUCGAUUCGGAAGUCUUUAGGUAG